AUGACUGCGUACACAGUGACUCUGAACGGCCCCGCUCCAUGGGGCUUCAGACUACAGGGAGGAAAGGACUUCAACAUGCCCCUCACCAUCUCCAGGAUAACCCCCGGGAGCAAGGCGGUGGGCUGCAGCCUGGCCCAGGGCGACAUCAUCUCAGCCAUCGAUGGGGUCAGCACUGAGGGGAUGACCCACAUGGAUGCCCAGAACAAGAUCAAGUCUGCCUCCACCAAGCUGGCACUCACCAUGCAAAAAUCAAGACGUGCUGCAGCAUUUUCCACAGGAAUUCCAAGAAUGGAGUCACCCAUGCCAGUCAUCGCCCACCAGAAGGUUAUCGCAAACACAGCUGCAAAUGUGGAGUACACUCCCAGCUUCAACCCCACUGCUCUGAAAGACUCGGCCCUGUCCACUCACAAACCCAUUGAGGUGAGGGGUCCGGGGGGAAAGGCCACCAUUGUUCACGCUCAGUACAACACACCGAUCAGCAUGUACUCACAGGACGCCAUCAUGGACGCCAUUGCAGGGCAGUCGCAGGCCAAGGGACACGACAGUGGGUCUCUGCCCAUCAAGGACCCCGUGGUAGACUGUGCGUCUCCGGUGUACCAGGCGGUGAUCAGGCCAGGAGACGCCCAGAGCAUGUCUGACUGGGCUCGUCGUGCUGCCACCCUGCAGUCCAAGAGCUUCAGGAUGCUGGCCCACAUCACCGGCACCGAAUACCUGCAAGACCCAGAUGAGGAAGCCCUGCAGAGGUCGAGAGAGAAGUUUGAGUCCGAGGUGAAAGGGCCCCGCUUUGCCAAGCUGAAGAACUGGCACCAAGGACUGUCUUCACAGAUCCUCAACGUCCAGGAAUAGAGAGGACAAAGAGAGAGGAGGAGGACAUGCAGAGGAAGACAUGGACAAACGCCCAGAAGUUAACAAGAGGAGGGGAUAAAUUAU